GAGGCGUACAGCUAUGCAAAGACCGUGUCGUGGAGGUACACUGCCAUUACGCACGAUUACGCACUGACAGCUACUUUGAAGGGAAGAGCGCUGAGCGCAGCGGAGAGGAAUUUGGGUUUUCCUGACGAAUACAGGUUGCACUUCUUCAGUCACUCUCAGCCCGUCCUCAUCAGAACAACUUGAUCUUCAGAGCAGAGCCCAGCGCCAUCCAUCCGCACAGGAAUGGUGGAUCACUUGCCACUUGGUGAGGAGACCUUCCUGUGUUACACCGACUCACCAGGGUCCGACUACUGCCUCCAUCGCUACUCCAAUGGUGGCGUGUCACCAGGCAUGAUGGUGACUGACACGGGCAUCUACCACCACCACCACCACCCCUACGAAGGGCUGACCUUGUCCUCCUCCCCUCGUCUCUCUGAGGAUGACCUCAGUGACUCCUCCAGCCCUCGUUCAUCGCUCUGCUCCAGCCCUGAGUCGUCGUCGCCGACGUUUCGUCACGCUCUCAACUCCAGCUGUGAAAGCAGGAGCAGCAGGAGCAGUGAGAGCUGCAGCUCCUCUGGAGGAGAGAGUCAAGACAGCCUGCUGGACCUCCUUCUCUCACAGGCCUCUCACAGCAGCAGCUCUCAUUCUCCGUCUUCUCUGCCUCUCUCCUCCCCAACCUCAUCCUCCUCUUCAUCUGCCCCUCUUUUACCGAUGGGGCUGGCCUGGGACUCUAAGAGGGAGCAGCGGCUGAGUCUCCUUCAGCAGCAGGCCAAAGAGGACUCCUACGAGUUCCCCGUGUUCCUGGACGAGCUGCAGGAUCCAGCAGCACUUCUUUUUCAGCCGACUCUGGAGGAGAUCGAGGAGUUCCUGGAGGAGAACAUGGUUGUGGCGAUGGAGAAAGACGAGGAGGGGAGUGAUGAGGCAAUGUCACAAACUUCAGAGGAUGCUGAGGUGGAAAGUUCAAGAACUUUAGCAGGAGAUUUCUCAUCAGUGCCUCAGAACUCAGAUCAGACUGUGCCUGUGGCUCAUUCUCCUCUUUCCUCCUACAAAGAGACCAAACAUACACCGUCUGACGUGGACAGCUCACUUUCAACAGUGGAUGUUAGCUGUAUAAGUAGCCCUAGCUCUUCGAGUGUUGGAGUUGAUGGGAUCAAACAGGAGGACUGUGGCUCACUGCCAGCCUCCUCAGAUGGUACCAGUGCAGCUUCCAGUGUGCCUGUUAUCCUACAAAUUCAGCCAAUACAGAUCAAACAAGAACCCAACGCCAGUGCCAUUUCAGAUGCUGUCACACAGAAAACCAAAUCCCAGCCGACCCCGGCCCAGCCGGAUAUCAAAAUCGCCCAGCUCCUGGUCAACAUCCAGGGCCAGACCUUUGCCUUGGUGCCUCAGCUGCUCUCCCCGGCAAACGUCGGCAACUCGAGCAAAACCGGAAUCGCCACUUCAUCCAAAUUUGUGCGGAUUGCUCCAGUGCCCAUUGCUGCCAAGCCGAUUGGACUUGGAGAAGGCGGGUUGGGCGGGGGUUCCUCUUCGGGGGUCCUAGCUGGAGGUCAGAGGUACCAGAAGAGUGCAGUAGCAGAUCUCAUUAAAAUGCACAAGUGCUCUUUUCCUGGCUGCAAUAAAAUGUACACCAAGAGCAGCCACCUGAAAGCCCACCUGAGGAGGCACACUGGAGAGAAGCCGUUCGCCUGCACAUGGCCUGGCUGUGGAUGGAGGUUCUCCCGAUCUGACGAACUCUCCCGACACCGGCGCUCCCACUCCGGAGUGAAACCGUACCAGUGCAUCGUCUGUGAGAAGAAGUUUGCCCGCAGCGAUCACCUGUCGAAACACCUCAAAGUCCAUCGCUUUCCACGAAGCAGCAGGACAGGGCGCUCUGCAAACUGACUCCCGUGACCCCCGCUCUGACGGACUGACGCUGAGCGGAGAGAGAGAGAGAGAGAGAGAGGGCGAGUGGAGAGGAGAAGGGGGGAAUGCGUCCGUGUAUGUGCGUGUGACGAAGGACAGAGGAGGACGGGGUAAAAGUCCAAACACCUUUAAAAGGAGUCUGUGCAGGACUGGCGUGUUUUUAUGCUCGAAUAUGUACGGCUGACGUACGCUCAUGGUACUGUGAUAAUUUAUUGGGUGGCGAGGAAAAGACUGUAAAACUGAAGCAGAAAACUGUUACUUGACACAACACCCUCACAGGUGGAAUAAGCUUCAUGUAUAUUUUUAUUUCAAAUCUUCUUUUUUUUUAAUAUUUGAGGAAAGAUUUGCUAUCAGAGUAUUUUUACACUUUAACAUGUGUGUUAUAUUGCAGGAGUGAAAAGCCUUAUUACACUACAAGUCAUCACCUAUAUAAUGGUUGGUUUUCUACCUUUAUAAAAACAGAUGUUUCAAGGUAUUAUCAAAAGAUUUUUAAUGGCUUUAAUUUAAUUUAUGAGGGGCCUUGGUUUAAUGUUCUCAAAGACAGCGGAGUAAAUGAUGAACAUUCCUUUAGCUUUGAAUAAAUGAUGCUUUUGUUGCCUUUGCCACAAACAAAGCUCGAGUCACUUCAUUUCACCUUCAAAGAAAACAGGAAAGCUUAUUUCUGUGUGCCCUUGAGUACGAGAGCUCAGCAGUGUGGUUUUAUAAGUAAAAAUCCCAUUCAGUUUCUCCAUAACAGUUUUAUUUUUUAGCCAUGAAGUCACAACCAUCCAAGGCAAACUCACCCUGAGAUACUCUAGUUUGACACAAUGGUAAAUUCUCCUGCAGAACAAUGGUUCCUAACCUUUUCUUUCUCAUGGACCCUGGUACUUGUUCCUAAGAAAAGCUGAGCCCCCCAUGAUCCACACACACACAAAAAAGACAUAAAAUUCAAUUUUUUUCAGUGAUAACAUCUCAACAGAAAAGGUCUAUGCACACUUGCUGCUGCCAAAAGAUCCAUUCUUAUGUAUCAGUGCCCAACCUGGACCCCAUGCUGGGAACCACUACUGUAGAAAACACAAACUCAUAAGAUAUCAAGCUUUUUAAGAAAAAAAGAAUGGUUUAUGUAUGAUAUUGGGGAACAGAACUACACUACCCACAAUCCUAGAGUAUCACAGCAAUGUCUCUGAUUGUCGGAGACCAUGAAAAUGUCCACCAGCCAUGCAAACCUUGGCUUUGGAUGUCAGAACUUGCAGUCUGAGACCCCCUAUGAUGGGCUAAAGAUCUUAGAGAGAGCUUUAGAUUUGCACAUUUUAACUGAAACACUUAUUAGUUUAUACAGAGGCCGUUUAAAAAUCAAUGCUAGUUUUUGACUGGGAUUUGCAGCGUCUUAGCUUUUCUUCGAUACACAUGCUGUCGGGGUGUAAACGUGCAAAAAGAGUGGAUUGGCCAGAUUCCACGUCUGUCAUCAGGCAGAUCUAUCUUGCAAAGCCCUGUCAGAUUGGACAGACCAAUCAGCAUCAUUUGAAGAGAAUAAGGGGUACUUAUGGGCCGGGUUUAGUUGCACUGCAAGCCAAUAGAGUGGUAUUGCAAUUAGCUCGGAUGUAGCUUUUGUAACCUGGCAUGCCAGAUUGAUUUGUUUCACACAUCCAUCUGGAAAACUUCCCAUAGACAGUAUUUGGGAAAGGGCAGAGCCUUUG